AUCUCUUGUCGACGUUAGCGUUCCGAUCAGUUUCAAGGCUGUCGUCGUAGGCGUUUCAUCGGAUUUUUAUUUGUCAUCACCGUAAAUUUAUUUUCAGUUGCCAGUGAAACGGAUACAUACUCACGUUGGAUAAUUAAUAAGAUAGAUAUGGAAGGGAAUGUUUCGUUUUCUGCUCGAUAUGAGCCCUAAUUUCCUUAAGGUUGCGUUAGUUUGGGUCAAACAUGGCGUCGACAAGAGAGGAACAGACGGGAAAUUUUAGUGUACCAAGCGCUUUCGGUGGAGCACAUCCUGGUAAAUCAGUGUUAAAAGAAGCGGUUGAUGCUGUUUUGAAUUCUUUUGCCAAACACACGCAUGGUUAUGGUCGAGUUAAUGUUGUAGAAGCAUUACAAGAAUUUUGGCAAAUGAAGGAAACACGAGGUGUCUCUCUCAAAGGUGGCCCCACAGUUCUUUAUGAGCCAGAGCCUUCUGAGAAGCCUCCAUAUGUUUGCUAUGUUAGUCUCCCUGGUGGCAGCUGUUUUGGAAGUUUUCAACCAUGCCCAACCAAAGCUGAGGCACGAAGAAGUGCUGCAAAGAUUGCCUUAAUGAACUCUGUGUUUAAUGAGCAUCCUUCCAGAAAAAUCACUGAUGACUUUGUGGAGUCUGCUGUCAAAGAAGCUGAGUCCACAGAAAUGCAGAUUGCUUUGAAGAGAAGAACAAUAAAUCUGGGUGCAGACAGCUCUAAAGAUCCUAACACUGGUGUGGGAGCAUUCCGGUUUAUGCUGGAAUCAAACAAGGGAAAAACUAUGUUGGAAUUCCAAGAUCUUAUGACAAUAUUUCAGUUACUUCACUGGAAUGGCAGUUUGAAAGCAAUGAGGGAUAGGAACUGCUCUCGACAGGAAGUGUUGGAGCAUUAUGCAGAAAGAACUAUCGAUGAUGAGAUGAGAAGUCAAAUGGCAUUGGACUGGAUAUCUCGUGAACAAGAACAAAAAGGAGUGAUCAAGAGGGAGCUUGAUAAGGCACUAAAGGAAUUAGAACAGUGUCGAAUGAGUGGACGUGAACUGAGGUUUCCUAAAGAAAAAUGCAACAUUUUAAUGCUUGCUUGGAGUCAAAUAGGGAAGGUUUAGAUUCCAAGUAACAUUUUACUACAACUACUUAAAAUAAAAAGGAAAGGAGGUUGUGAAUUUGUAUCUGCAAGGUUUCCCCAAAUUAAGGGGAUUUCUGAAGGAUAAUAAUUAUUGUAUUGUUUGUUAAAGUAAUAUAUACAAAGUUUGAUUGAUUACAACAUGCAGUUACAUGUAGUUUGUUAACUGUAUCAUUCAAGGUUACUGCUUUACACCUUAACAUAAGCAUACUUACUUUCCAUAGUGAUCUCUUUAAGUGUUGUAGAAUAGAGACAAUAUUUACCAUGAGAACUUGAAGUUUUAAUAGCCCAAUUCCUUACUACACAGCAAGUACACAAGUGUUAUACAAAAUGAAUAGUAUAAACAAACAAAUGCAAAAAGACACAAAAUUAUUUAAUACACUAAAUUGUGCACAUUCCAACACUGAAUGAUUGGCAUGUUACCAACACAACAAUGAGUUUCACAUGGAAUUGACAAAGAGAAUUUGAGUGAUUAUCAGUCUAUAGCUUUUUUAGUCAGUAAUUAUUUUCCUUAUUCUCUUGACCUCAAUGUUUGACUCUGCAUGGUGUUAUUCUAAAAAAAAACAGAAGAUGCAAGCCACUCUUAAGGGUCUAAAUUUCUAAAGCUCAUGGCAACAAAGUACCAUCAUGAUGAAGGGAAAGCUCAUUUCCUUGAUCAUGCUCUCAGUUUAGAGCCCUUCAUUCUAGGAAAGAUUUCAAAACUUGUCUGUGUCUUUCUCUAUAAUUUUCACACAUAACUAUGACACUCAGCUACAUGUAGCUGAUGUGUGAACAUUUAAUCAAAACUACAUUAGUGUGCAUUUAAAUCAAUUUUUUUUAAUUUUCACACUCAUUUUAGAGAGCAGAUUUGCUGCCUUUGUGGUUAAAAGCAGGGUGUAAAUUUACUAUUGAUUAUGAAGUGUGUUUAGGUAACACAGAAAGGAGUUUCAGGUUAUGGUUUUUGUGUAUGCAACUAGACUAGAGUUCAUGUUCAUGUACUACUGGGAUGAAAUCUGUUAUUAUUGAUUCGCACUGAAACUUAAAAAAAAGAUUAUUACGAACCAUUUAUAACAUUGAUGCAACAAUUGCACAUGUACGUGCCCAUUGUUCACUUUUGCUGAAUACUAAUCUCAUUCAUAUCACUUUUUAAUUUAUGACUGUAUGAGGAUAAUUUUACUUUUAAUAUAAUAACUCAAACAAUUCAAGCCAAGGUCAUAAUAAUAUGUUUUGCUUGUCAUUAUAAAAACUUCAUUGAUUUUAUUUACUGGUUUUGUAAACUGUGCCAUGCUGAAUUUUGUUUGGAGAAGGGAGACAUCCAAGGCCUUUAUGAAACAGUGCUUCUUUUUAAGUUGUGACUCUAAAUUUCAAGUCUACCUGUUAUCUCCUACCAUAACUUGUGGUCAUGAUUAUAGAGUAAGAAGUUACAUGUUUCACUAUUCACUAGAAUAAACAGAAUGAUUAUCCAA